AUCAUGGAAAAACGCGUGUGGAUGUGAACCAUAUUCAAUAAAGAGUCAAGAAUGUCAUUCGCUAUUAAAGAAGUAUUUAACGAAAGAAAUUGUCGAGCAACUGAAAACUCAAAAAACGAAACUCGGUGCAACGCUGCUCGAUGUCAUUCAAUCUGGUGUCGAAAAUCUCGAUUCUGGCGUCGGUGUUUAUGCUCCAGAUGCCGAGUCUUAUACACUUUUUAAGCCACUUUUCGAUCCAAUCAUUGAGGAUUAUCAUAAUGGCUUCACAGUUAACCAAAAACAACCUAAUACUGAUCUUGGUGAAGGAAAAACUCAGUUGCUAACGGACUUAGACCCUGAGGGUAAAUUUAUUAAUUCAACGCGGAUUCGAUGCGGACGUUCACUUCAAGGAUAUCCCUUCAAUCCUUGCCUUACAGAAGCAAAUUAUAUCGAGAUGGAAGAAAAGAUCAAAAAGAUAUUCGAAGAACUGGUCGAUGACGAUUUAAAAGGCCACUAUUAUCCAUUAACAGGUAUGACCAAAGAAGUGCAAAAGCAGCUUAUCCAAGAUCACUUUCUAUUCAAGGAAGGCGAUAGAUUUCUUCAGGCAGCAAAUGCAUGCAGAUAUUGGCCAAAGGGACGAGGCAUUUUCCAUAAUAAUAAAAAAACGUUCCUCGUUUGGGUCAAUGAAGAAGAUCAUUUACGAAUUAUUUCAAUGCAAAAUGGUGGGAACGUUGGCCAGAAAAGCAAUUUGGGAACUACAGUUCGUGCAUCCGUUCAUAUUCGUUUACCGAAAAUAAGCGCCAAACCUGAUUUCAAAAACAUUUGUGACAGCCUGAAAUUACAAAUCCGUGGCAUUCACGGUGAACAUUCGGAUUCCGUUGGUGGUGUUUAUGAUAUUUCAAAUAAGGCUCGAUUAGGAUUAACAGAGUUUGAGGCUGUCAAACAAAUGUACGAUGGAAUAAAGCAUCUUAUUGAACUCGAAAAGAAUGCUUAG